UGCUUCAUUUGCCUUGUUAAUUUAUAUUGUACUUUUCAUAAUACCACUGGCGUCUACAAGCUGCCACUCAAUCUGCGUUCAUACCACAUAUUGCUGCAAACUUUGUUGGCCGGCUGCUUGCAGCGUAAACCACAAACAUCAGCAAGUGUGCAAAGCAUAAGCGAUGAGUAUUUAGAACUAAAUCCAAAAUAUGUUUUGCAAUAUCAGAAGCUAAUGUUUGAAAAAUUUACAAAAUUGCAUUCAUCGAAAUAUGUCGAACUACCAUCGCCGGCCGCUUGGAAAAUAUGCUUGCAUUAUGGAUUAACCUCGCAUAAAUUCAAUGAUGAAUUAUUUACAUUCAUGGAAGCUUUAACUAAGCAUCAUUUUAAAAUAUAUACCCAUAUUUCAGCAGUUUUGGUGCUUAACCUUUAUAAACAAAACCCGCCUUUCAAAAUGGACGUGAUAAGGUCCGUCAUAAGAGCGCAAAAGUUAUUCAUCGACCAACUGCCUUCUGCACUUUCACCCAGCACGCUCUGUGUCAGUGUGGUUCUGCAAGUACUGCAAAUAUUACAACAAUCGCUACAGAAACUACCUGCCACCACAGGUGGCAAUCGUUUGGUGGCAUUGAAGCACCUAAAUCACUAUACGUGGAAUUUAAAUGUGAACGAUAGGAAUGUGUUAUCCGAUAUACGUUCGCAAGCAAACGCCUUGCAGAAUCACAUGCUUAAUAAUGCCGAACAAGUAUGUUUAGAUACGUAUUUGAGCGCUUUGGGCGGUUACAAAACAAACGCAAAGAAAAAAGCUUAAGGUGCAAAUGCGUUAUAUCAAGA